AUGAUGGCUGACAAUAUCGGAUCGAGCUCGGCGCUGCUACCUCCAGGCUGGACCUCCCACGUCAGCCCCGCAGGCCGCACCUACUACCACAACCCCUCCACCGGCGUCAGCACGUACGCCUUUCCCACACCAAAACCGCCCAAGCGAGAAAAACCCGUCUGCAAAACACCGAUCCCCAACACUUGCGGAUGGCUCAAAGUCACGACCAACAGGGACAAUGUCUUCUACUUCAAUCCGCACACAAACAGGAGCGAGUGGCUGCCACCUCGCGAGGUGGUGGCUGCAUUGAAGCAGAUGCAGGAACAUGAAUUGCAAGAAAAAGAGAAAGCCAAAAGGCAGCAGGAGCAAAGAGAAAGGGAGGAACAUCAAAGGAAAAAGAGAGAAAGAAGGGAGAGAAAAAGGAAGCUCGAGGAGGGUGUACCAAUUACAGAGUUUGAUGCCAGUAAACGGGUGUGUGCGGAUGACGAAGAGGAUGGGGACGAGGAUGAGGACGAGGACGAUUUGGACCAAGAAAAGAGCUCUACAAUAAGCAGCCAGUCUGGUCCUUCAGUUACUGGGCAAUUUCAGUCGGAUGGUGCUCAGCACAAUGCUGACGUAACCAUGGAGGAUAAAAACGACGACAAUGACGAUGAUGAUGAAGAAUGGCAACGUCAAAUCGCCGAACAGAUGGCUACCGAAGCACAAGCAGAGACUGAAGCACAGGCACAAGCAGAAACAGAAACGGAAACGGAAACGCAAGCUGUGCAGCCAUCAGCAACGCCUACGACGAAAAGCCUCGAAGAGAUAAAAACCGCCUUCAUGACGUAUCUGACAUCACUCAAUGCCACCCGGCACGAAAUCAACCCAAUGGCACCGUACGAUGUCGAACUUUGCAAAUUCGCCUCGCAUCCGUCCUGGAUCGACUUGCCCAAGCGCGAGAGGCAAGAUACAUUCAACGAAUGGUGCAAGCUUCGCAUUCGAGAAAAGCGAGCGGCGAAAGUUGGCGCCACUGCUAGUAACGCUUGCUUUUCCGCUGGAACCAACUCGAUCUCGUCGAGUAAAGCCGAGACCGCCUUGCGCUCAUUAUUGAAGGCAGAAGUUCGAUCUACACGGACCAAGUUUUCGGAUUUUGCCAAAGCGUUUUCCGAUGAUCCGCGAUUCAUGUCUUACGGCGGCUCGAAUUCGGAUCGAGAAACGCUGUUCAAGCAACACCUGGUUGAAUUGGGAGAAGAAAAGCGGCGAGCAGCUCAGCUGGCUGAAAGUGAGUUUCUCCAAUUGCUCUCGGACAAACUUGGAGGAAAUUACCGCGACAAGGUGGCUGCGGCGAAAGCAGAUGCGGCGUUGGACAAGGAGCACGAGAAACAACGCGUGAUGCAAGUAUGGAUGCAAGCCAAACGCACACCUGGGAUAAUCGAGGAUGCGAGGUACGAUGGCGUGGGAAGCUCGACGCGGCGAUUUGAGCUGUUUGGCACUUGGGCGAGCGGUGAACGGCGGGCGGCUUGUGCGCGAGCUUGCUUGAAAAGUGGCAGUUGGACUUCAAACCGUCCAGACGACGCGGCGUCGAAGGCGUCGAAUGCGUGCGAUCUUGACCGAAAACUCAAAGAGAAAGACGAGGAUCGUCAAGCAGCGUUGCGGCAGCGCGAGCAGAAAGUGCGACUUGAACGCUCGCGUGUGGAGCGACUGAAUCUUAGCGCGAUGCGAAACGCGUCUCGAGAAGAAUCGUUGCGGUGUUUCGAACAACUGUUAUUGGAUAGGGUGCACUCUGCGGACGUCGAUUACGAGACUGGUAUGCGGCGACUGUGUCGUGAUGCGCGGUUUGAUUCGGCGCAACUGACGGAUGCGGAUCGGAAGCGGUUGUUUGAACAACACAUGUCGCGCCUGCGCGCUAAGCAAGAGGAUCGACUGGGUGUUGUAUUCGCGCGACACGCACCGACGCUCUCAACGCAUCGUGAGCAUGUACUUGCGCUGACUCGUGACGAUGCGGACCUCUCGCAUCCGCCACUCUCGGUGUAUGCUCAAGACGAGACCCUAUUACGCGCCGCAUACGACCGCUGGCAUUCGCACCGAUGCUCGCAGGCCGAGCAGGAUUUCAAGCACAUGUUGAGCGAGUCUGCAUUCGUCGACUUCUGGGGUCGGCUGAAAUCCGCUUUCGACGCUUCGCAAUCCUCGACACUCACCAGCGUGCCCAAAACCAAGCAGCACGCAAUCUUGAUGCAUCAACCCGACGAUCAAGACGAGCAGGCAGACGCAUCAACCAGCUUGAUCGUCAUGGCGAGCAAGGUGGAUCUCAACCAGAUCGAAUCCGUGCUCAAAAACGAUGCGCGAUUCAGAGCAUGGAACCACGACCCCGAGACGAGGAGGAGCUGGAUCAGAGACCAUCUGCAACGUCUUGCUGCUCCUGCGAUGAGCGUUCAUCGUUGA